GUACGUCAGCUGAAAUGCAAGCCAGUUUGUUGUUUGGCCUUUGAAAUCGACCUAUAUUAGAUAUCUGUUGUAAGAAAUCCAUUACUUAAUUUUCUUGUGUAGUUCAGAAAGCUGUUGUUUAAAAAAAAGAAGGCAAUAACUGAGGUUCUUUCACACAACGAAAAAUGCUCCCCGUAUGGCGUCGUUGACUUUGUGAUACCUCUGUUCAGCGGUAAGGGGUAUCCAUAUUGUGAUUGGUAGAGAUUCUUACCGCUGAGCUCCAUGAUCCUAAAUAAUGAGGAGAUUAAACCCUGUGCGCAAUAGAAAACAGGCUCUGAGAGUUGUGAAAGAGUUGGAUGCAUUUCCUAAAGUCCCUGAAAGUUACAAAGAGACUUCGGCAUCCGGUGGUGGAUUGUCUAUUGUGACGUUCAUUAUAAUAAUUAUACUUAUAAUAUCAGAAGUAAGAUAUUAUGCCAGCACUUCACUCAAGUUUGACUGCGAAGUAGAUGGACAAUAUGACCAAAAGAUGCAGAUAAAUAUAGACAUGGUGGUAGCCAUGAGGUGUGAUUUAAUAGGGGCAGAUGUAUUAGAUGUUACUGGGCAGGAUGCCCGCUACUUUGGAAAGCUAAAUGAAGAAGAUACAUAUUUUGAGCUCACCAACAAGCAGAGGUUUUUCUUUAAUUCCAAAAAAGAUGUAAAUAAAUAUUUGAGAGAGGAGUAUCAUGCUAUACAUGAGUUGUUAUGGCUCACAGGAAAUGUAAACUUGGUUGGCGAAGUCCCUCACAGGGAUGUGCCCCCUGUUGGUCAGCCAGAUGCAUGUCGCCUGUACGGGUCACUGCAUGUCAACAAAGUGGCUGGAAAUUUCCACAUUACAGCUGGAAAGUCAGUUCCUGUUAUACCAAGUGGCCACGCCCACUUAGCACUCCUGAUUCAUGAAUCUGAAUACAACUUUUCACACAGAAUAAACCACUUCUCAUUUGGAGAGCCGGUCACCGGUAUAAUCAGCCCUCUGGAUGGAGAAGAGUUAAUUACACAUAAUAAUUACCACAUGUUUCAGUAUUUUGUAAAAAUUGUCCCUACUGAGGUCAAGACGUAUGCUGCUGAUGUGGAUACAUUCCAGUAUGCUGUCACAGAGCGGAACCGCAGUAUUAACCAUUCUGAGGGAAGUCACGGUGUGGCUGGGAUAUUUGUCAAGUAUGAUUUGUCCUCGCUGAAGAUUCGUGUCCGAGAAGUACACAAACCUUACUGGAUGUUCCUGGUUCGUAUGUGUGGAAUCAUUGGGGGCAUAUUCUCUGUGUCAGGUAUGCUCCAUGGUGUCAUUGGACUGCUGGUUGAUGUUGUAUGCUGUCGGUACAAAGUGGGAAAGUACAAGCCCAAGUCUGAAUCACCAGCUCCUGUCCAGCCCCCUACCCAGUCAUACGAUCUGUCCAGUUCUCAUCAGUUACCAGAUCUCAGCAAUAUUCCCAAUGUCUCCACAGCUCCACUACCGGAUUCCACGCCCCUUACACCAUUAUUACAACAACAACAACAACAACCUUACAGUGAUAGCUCAAUACCAAACAGUUAUAUUCCGGACCAGGGAGCUGGAUAAUCACUUGUCAUUCGCAUCUUGUAUGUUUUUCAUUUAAUAGCGAUGUGUUUGUAUCUGGUAAAUACUAAUCAAGGAAGUUCAACUUUUAACAGUAAAAUGUACAUGCACCUGCAGUCUGUAUUUAUUAAGUUUCCAUGAUAGGCUUUUUAAGACGAUUGUUCAUGUUUGCUAAAUACCAAACCCAGAAAAAACGAAGGGGAUUCAAUUUUUCAUGAAGUUUCUGGUAUACAGAGAAAGUUAAUUUUACCUUUUUACCCAAUGGUAUUGGUAGAUAUACUCUUAAGUUCUGACAAGAGUUGUGGAUACAUUACUUGAUUGGUGUGCUUUAAGUUUUUGUUUUGGCCUCUGUAAGGGAGUGAAGUUGCCUUUAAAAUGAUUCAUAUGCUAUCCAGUGAAGAAUAUUCAUUAAAUUGUGCUAAAAUUAAAUAUAAUAAAAAAAAAGGACUAGUAAGUGCUAAAUGAUAUUUAAAAGUUGCUCGCAAAUUCAUUUAAUUCACUGGUGAAAUUUGUCUCUUGCACAAGAAUCAUAAUUUUGAUAUAUUUCAGUUUAAGUUCUGCUUAUGUGACUUUUUAUAUGGGUUUUAAGCUUUGAAGGUGUGGUUAUAACAUCUAGUUUGUCUCAUUUGCUCAAAUAUGUUUACAUGACAACAUAUACAAUCAGCAUGCCACAAAAUCAUAAAAUUGUAAUAUCAGAUUGGUGAUGCCAUUUUACUUGACUACGUCUUGAAUAUUUGCUUGUAAAGAUAUACUCUAUCAUCUGAUAAGUUUUGAAAGCCUGCAUUCUAGGUGACAAUUUACUGUAAAUUGAAACAGGUCUGAGAUUUGUUUUAUAUUAAGCAUUUUCAUUAAACUUUUGUGGUCUAAAAAUGUGAAUUGGUUCUUCAUUGGUAGAAUUAAUUAAUUUAUGUUGUGGAUUUUUUUGUUUUUAACAGAUUUUAGGAUCAACUUUUAGACUUGUUUUUACAUUCUAUGAAAUUGUCAGCAAACUAAUUAUUGGGUAACAUGAUAUAAUGGGUGAAGUUUUUUGAUAUGUCAAAAAUACUUUCUCUUGUUGCUCAGCUAGUUAGUGACAGUGUCUUGUAUAUUUACCACCCAGGUACGGUUCAGUGUCAGACUUUUUUUGACAUUUGUACAUGUAUUUAAAACAGUUCAACACGAUUCACUUAAACAACCCCAGUUGUCCUAGAACUUAAAGAAAGCAGCAGUGGAAAUGUAGAUGUACAGACUGAUGUAUAUACAUGUAUACAUAAAUAAAUGAAUAUCAUUAUA